GAUUCCAGGAUCCACACAUCAGAGGCAACUGCCACUGAGCUGGGUGUGAAAUCUGAAGACCAGGGUGUGGAGGCAAGCACUGAAGGCCCAUGACCAGCCGUGGGAGCCACGGGAAUCAAUUGCUUCCAGUAGGAUUGGAUGCAUCGGAAAGAGCCAGGGGCAAGGCUGGAGGCCACGAGAGGAGAUGCCAGGCCACAUAAGCAGGGAACAAAGCCGAUGAUCACACUCCCAUCAGUGGGCCACCUUGGUGAAGGGAAAUGCCCAAGUUCUCAGCACCUGCAGAGCCUAAGACAUAACAAGCAGCAUGCCCUGACACUCACCAAGGCCAGGUGCUGUGGUAAGUGCUGUACCUGUUUCUGUACAGAAGAGAAAUCAGAAUGCCAGAGAAAUGAAGAAACUUCUCCAGGGUCAUGUAAUCACCAAAUAAUGUCUGCUUCGACCAUCUCUGCAUUUUGUGCUACACCAAGAUUUAAGCAGCUGUUCAAAGGAACCGUAGAACAGAUGUCACAGAUGUAA